AGGAAGAUGAAGGAAGUUUCGCCCUCGUAGCCUGGAGCGCACUCGCACCGAUUUCAGUCCAAACGGCUUAAGUGAAAACGAAGUUAUACAGCAGAAACAUAAUAAUGGCUGGCGCGUUCCCAAGUAACCAGGACCUUUUUACAUGCCCGAUUUGUCUUGACCUACUGCAAGUCCCCGUGACUCUUCACUGUGGACAUAGUUACUGUAUGGACUGCAUUAAGGGCUGCUGGGAUCAGGAAGAUCAGAAGAGAGUUUACAGCUGUCCACAGUGCAGACAGACUUUCACUCCAAGACCUGUUUUAAACAAAAAUAAUAUAUUUGCUGAGCUUGUGGAGCAGAUAAGGAAGACCGGAGUCCAACCUGUAGCGCGUGCCUCUAAUGUGUAUGUUCAACCGGAGUGUGACGUCUGCACUGGGGGAAAACUUAAAGCUGUGAAGUCCUGUCUGGAGUGUUUGGUGUAUUACUGUCAAACUCACUAUGAAGCUCACAAUGAACUUCAUCCUGGACAAGAACACAAGGUGGUUGAUGUCACGGAUCAGCUCCAGGAGAGGAUCUGCUCCCAACACGGGAAGCCAGUGGAGGUGUUUUGUCGUAGAGAUCAGAGUUGUGUUUGUUUGCUUUGCUUGAUGGACGAACACAAAGGUCAUGACACUGUGACAGCCACUGCAGAGAGAAGUGAGAAACAGAAACAGCUGGGGGAGACAAAGAGGAAAUUCCAGCAAAGAAUCAAGGAGAGAGAGAAUGAGUUGCAGGAGCUGAAGAAGGCUGUGGAGACUCUCAAGAGUUCUGCACAGACAGCAGUGGAGGACAGUGAUAGGAUCUUUACUGAAAUGAUCCACACCAUUGAGAGGAGGCGCGCUGAGGUGACAGACCUGAUCAGAGGUCAGGAGAAGGCUGAGGUGAGUCGGGCUGAAGAACUCCUGAGGCAACUGGAGCAGGAGAUUGCUGCACUGAAGAGGAGAGAUGCUGAGCUGAAGCAGCUUUCACUCACAGAUGAUCACAUUCAUUUCCUCAAGACCUUCCAGUCAGUCAGCGAACUACCUAAAUCUAAAGACUUGCCCUGCAUUUCUAUCAACAAAAGCCUCUCUUUUGAGGCUGUGAAGAGGUCUGUUUCCACACUACAGGAGCAGCUGGAGGAUUUCUGCAAGCUGGAAGCCAUGGCGAUUUCUGCAGCUGUAACUGAAGUCCAGGCUAUUUUGCCUUCUGAACCAACAACCAGAGAGGAUUUCCUACAAUAUUCAUGUCACUUCACACUGGAUUCAAACACAGCACACAGACAACUUCAUCUGUCCGAGGGGAACAGGAGGGCGGAAUACAAAAUUGAGCUCCAGUCAUACCCUGAUCAUCCAGAGAGAUUUGAUGACUGGUGGCAGGUACUGUGUAGAGAGGGUGUAUCUGGAUGCUGUUACUGGGAGAUUGAGUGGAGCGGGUUGGUUUAUAUAGCAGUCUCGUAUAAAAACAUCAGCAGGAAAGGGGGCAAUGAUAAUAGUUUCUUUGGAAGUAAUGACCAGUCCUGGAGGCUGAGACUGUCCAGCUCCAGCUUUUCUUUGUGCCACAAAAAUAAAGAGAUUGACCUCUCCCUAGUGGUCAGCUCCAACAGAAUAGGCGUAUAUGUGGAUUACAGGGCAGGAAUCCUGUCCUUCUACAGCAUCUCUGACACGAUGACCCUCCUGCACAGAGUCCAGACCACAUUCACUCACACUCUUUACCCUGGGUUUUGGUUAGAUGCUGGAUCAUCAGUGAAGCUGGUGUGACUCAGAUAUAGAGGUUGGUAGCACGUACCUGUCAUUUCCUGCCUAUUAACUCAGGUGCAUAUGUUGCUUAUGCUAAAUUUCUUCAGCUAUGGGGUUAAUACGCUACACAAGGGUGGGCUCUACAUGGGAAUUCUUUUAUUUUCUUCAUGCUUCUUUAUAAUUAAAGCACCAUCUGAUUCGGAGUAAUUGCGCUAUUGGGUAAUAAUGGGAAAAAAUGUACCUAACAGGGUUAAAGUGGCAAAUUUAGGCUUACUCCUUCAAAGCUUCCAUUGAGGAUGCUAUCAUGUACAUGUACAAGUGGUACCUUCAUACAUUGUGAAUAAUGUGCUAUCUGUGUCUACAUAUGGAACUCAAAAGGGCAAAAGGGGUUUAAUAUGUAUGUUUACUUUUUCAAUUUAUGUAUGUUUAAUAUUACCAGACAAAGAACAAGUUUUGCCUUUGGAAGUAUGCUACUGCAAACAUGUUUACACUAUCGGAAGAGAUAUUGCAUCUCAAUGGGACCUUUGUGGUUAAAUAAAGGAUACAUAUGAACAAUAA